CAAUUAGACAGUUUAGUUUUUAUUGUUGGUGUGUGACAAGCCGUGCGAGUAUCUGUAUCUCGCCGAUAUUGUGGAAAUUUUUUUAUAUACUAAACCGAGUCCAAACGCAUCUCGGUAAUUUGUUUUUCUUUUGGUUUGCAGCCAUUUUGUACCUUUACAAAAUCCAACCAAUAUAAAGUGAAAGAAAACUUAGUGAAACGUGUAAACUACUUUUAUAAAAAGAAAAGUUCGCCACACAAUUGCGCUGUGACACAACGAAGACAUGUUCAAAAUUAAUACAAAACCGGACACGAACGCCGCCCAGAGGCAGGCGAAGACAACACCACUGGUCGACGACUAUGAGAUCUCCAACAAAGUACUGGGUCUAGGCAUCAACGGCAAGGUGGUGCAGUGCGCCAAUCGCAAGACCAAACAAAAGUAUGCGCUCAAAGUGCUGCUGGACAAUCCGAAGGCUCGGCGAGAGGUGGAUUUGCAUUGGCGCGCAAGCGGUUGCCGACACAUCGUCAACAUCAUCGAUGUCUAUGAGAACACAUAUGGCGGCAAUAAGUGUCUGCUCGUCGUGAUGGAGUGCAUGGAGGGCGGUGAACUGUUUCAGCGCAUACAAGACAACGCCGAUGGCAAUUUCUCGGAGCGUGAGGCCGCACAGAUCAUGCAUGAAAUCUGCAUUGCCGUACAUUACCUGCAUAGUCGAGAUAUUGCGCAUCGUGACUUAAAGCCCGAGAAUCUGCUGUACACCAGCAAUGAUAAGAAUGCCAUAUUGAAAUUGACAGAUUUCGGUUUCGCAAAAGAGACCUUUGUGAAGGACACACUACAGACGCCCUGCUAUACGCCAUACUAUGUUGCCCCCGAGGUGCUUGGUCCCGAGAAAUACGACAAAAGCUGUGACAUCUGGUCGCUGGGUGUCAUCAUGUACAUACUGCUCUGCGGCUUUCCACCAUUCUACAGCAACAAUGGUCUGGCCAUUUCGCCCGGCAUGAAGAAACGUAUACGCACCGGUCAAUAUGAUUUCCCAAAUCCCGAAUGGGCCAAUGUUAGUCAAGCAGCCAAGGACUUAAUCAAGGGUAUGCUCAAUGUUGAUCCCACCAAACGUCUGACAAUCGAACAAGUGAUCCGCAACAAGUGGAUCGCACAGUAUACACAAGUACCGCAAACACCGCUGUGCACGGGACGUAUGCUGAAGGAGGGUGAGGAGACUUGGCCGGAGGUGCAAGAGGAAAUGACGCGUUCGUUGGCUACCAUGCGCGUCGACUACGAUCAGGUGAGCGAAAAAAUGCACGUGAAAGCGCUAGACAAAUCCAAUAAUGCAUUGCUGACGAAACGGCGAAAAAAGUUAGAGGAAGAAUUGGCGGCACAGAAGAAAAAGUAAAUAGUUUUGAGCGUGAUAAAAAAUGAUUAAGAGUGAAUUGCCGCAGUUGUAUCAAUAAUCAUACAUAUAUAUUGAAUUAAAAUGUGAAACGAAAAGGAAAUUGUAAAUGUUUGCACUCAAGUACAUAAGGGUUUCUCGACUAGAACGCAAGAAUGGGUGCAACAAAGUAAAUUACAUACAAAUCUAUGUACAUACAUACACAUUUAGUGGAGCAGGAGGAAGCAAGCAUAAAUACGUAGAUGUUAAAUGGACUCGAGCUGCUUCAGCGACAGCAACUCACGAAGAUUUCGGUUAAGUUUUCUUUUUUUUUUCUCUAUUAAAUUGACAAAUAAAGCAAUUUUGCGCGUGUUUCAUGUGAAUUUUUACAUGAAAACAAUAAUUAGUAUUUACCAAUAAGUGCAUAAAUAAACAUGCAUACAUAUAUAUGUAUAAUAA